CCAAGAGAAAAAUUUGGACUUCAUUUGGAACACCAACGACAACUUCGAAGAAGAAGAUGCGAAAAUUUUCACCACCAUGUUCCCGGAUUUUUAUGUCGACGAAACGGGAUUUUGCUUUGAUGUUUAUUGUAACGAUCAGAACAUCACUGACGACAAUUUGGAAGAAAGGGUGAAGACGUACAAAGUCAUCCUCGACAAAUACAAGGACUAUUACAAAACCUCCAACAUCCUUAUUCCUAUGGGAUAAGACUUCGGUUACCAAAAAGCUGACAAGAACUUCAACAACAUCGACAAACUUAUAGAAGGUUUCAAGGAUGACGACACCUACAACGUGAUUUAUUCAACGCCGUCGUGCUACAUUCAAGCUGUCAAAGACGAAGUUGAGAAAAAUAAAAUCGAGUUGACUGUCAAAACAGACGACUUUUUCCCUUAUGCUUCCAAAGAUCAUUCCUUCUGGACUGGAUACUUUUCGUCCAGACCUACAGCCAAACGUUUCGAACGAGUAGGCAACAACAUCCUCCAGAGUGCCAAACAGUUGACAAUUUUCUCCAGAAUCAAGGGUAAUGACGACGAUGUAAGUAUCAACAAACUGAGAAUGGCAAUGGGUGUUUAGCAACACCACGACGCUAUUACUGGUACUGAGAAACAAGCAGUAGCGGAUGACUACAAUUUGAUGCUUGACGAAGCAGUUAAAGAAACUGAGAAACCCCUAAGCAAAAUUGUCAGUGGUCUUCUACUUAAAGACGAUAGUGCUAGUGUUGAUUUAAAUCUUGUCAAUUGUCUGCGGGCAAACAUGAGCAUUUGUGAUAACAGCAAAAAAGAUCGUAUCGUCGUUGCUAUCCAGAACCCACUAUCUAAAAGUGUGUCUCAUUACGUGCGACUUCCUGUUGACAAUGAAAACUACAAAAUAACAGGACCUGAAGACGACGGUGAUAUCACUUUUGACAUUUUUGAUACUAUACAUCCUUUCGAUUUCGUCACUGAUGGUGAACCAGCCACUAAAGAAUUGGUGUUUUUGGCAAAAGAUUUACCCCCUCUAGGUGUUAAAUUGUACUACGUUGAAAAAAUUGACGACGCGUCAGAUAAAUAUCACAAAUUUGAAGACAUCGCUGAUGUAAAAUCUUUCGGAGAUGACAACAAUGGUUUCACUAUUGACGAUAACGGUAAACUUGCAUGGGUAACAAUUAACGGGCAAUUGGUAAACCUGCAACAAGAUUUCCUCUACUACAAAAGAAUGGCCUCUGGUCAAGCUUCCGGUGCUUACAUAUUCAGACCAGAUGGUUCUGCCAUCCCAAUUAAAGAAAAACUUACAACUGUGAAGUACGCACUAGGAAGUCUCGUUGACGAAGUGUAUCAAGUUUUUGACGACGAAAUCACACAGAUCAUCAAAGUAUACAAAGGAGAGGAAGAUUCGUAUCUUGAAUUUGACUAGCUAAUGGGUAACCUUCAAGUUGACAGUAAGGGCAAAGAAAUCAUCACUAGGUUCACAAUCACUGAUGCGUUUGAAAACAACGAAAUCUUCUACACUGAUGGCAAUGGUCGCCAACAGAUGAAAAGAAGGAGAAAUAAGAGAAGUGACUACAAUUACGUCUACUCUGAAGAGCCUGUUUCCAGCAACUACUACCCGGUUACUAAUAGAAUUGUAAUUUGAGACGAAACGACAUAAUUGGAGCUUGCUGUUUUGACUGAUCGACCACAAGGGGGCAGUAGUUUGAAAGAAGGUGUUGGCGAACUAAUGGUUCACCGACGUGACACCAAAGACGAUGGAUUUGGUGUAGCUGAAGUCCUAAAUGAACAACAGUAUGGUAAAGGUCUUUACGCAAGAGGUCAACACCAUCUUACUUUUGGUACACUAGAAAUAGAAACUUCUCCUGUCACUUUUGAGUUCGAUCUAGCAUGCAAAAAUCUUCUUGGUCUUGCGGUUUUGGUAGGCCAUGCCACUGAAUAUGAUCUCACUCUGGAAAAAGUACUGGCAACUUUUAACUUUAAGUUGGACCCUUGAAAUCUGGAAAGACAGUUACUUGCUCAGACUGGAACAUAUUUUUGAGAAGAACGAAGAUUCAACGUUAUCAGAAGAUGCUGUGGUGAAUUUUGAUGCCCUGUUUUAACGUCGUUCAACUUCCAUUAUUUGGGUU